AUGUUGGCAAGCUACGUCUUGUCCCUUGCUUUCUCCUCCCUUUCCGCCGCAGCUGGAUACCCGCAUCAAGAUGCCACUCAUUUCCCUCAAGUCAACCUUGGAUAUGCCAUACACGCUCCAACCCAUGUUAACACGACCUCCAGCGGCCUCGAAUAUGCAAACUACAACAACAUUCGCUUUGCUCAGCCUCCCGUUGGCCACCUGAGAUUCAGGCGCCCAAAGACUCCUCCCCCAAGGGAACCAGGAGUCAAGAAUGGCUCUGCUCCAAUGUUUGCGACAGACUGUGUGAGCGCUAUUCCAAAUAUAUUUCCUCCACAGGGUCUCCCCUCGAGGUCCUGGGGCCAUGAGGAUUGUUUGUUCCUCAACGUGAAAGUCCCGGAAGGAAUCAGGGAAGGAGACAACGUUCCGGUGAUCCACUGGAUACAUGGAAGUGGAUAUGCGUAUGGAAGUAAAGACCUCAACAGGAUCAGUGGUGACGGCAGUGGUCUCUUCGAGGACAUGGACCGAUCUACACAGAAAUUUAUCUACGUUGCUAGCAAUUAUCGGAUGGGAUUAUAUGGAUGGAGCUCGUCUGCUUCGGAAGAUAUAGAGGCCAACGUGGGAUUGCACGACACGCUGACAGCUUUGCAAUGGACUCGCAAAUAUAUAUCUAAAUUUGGAGGGGACCCUCGAAAGAUCACUGCGUUUGGGGAGAGUGCUGGAGCAGGGAUGAUUGACCUCCUACUUGUUGCCAAAGAUGGAAUGGAAGACCUUCCCUUCAAUCGGGCCUUCAUAGCAUCUCCAGGUGUUUGGCCACGACGGGAUCCUAGUCGUCGUCAAGCUGUUUUUGACUCGGUUCUAAAGGCAGCAAACUGUGACUCUGUUGACUGUUUAAGAAAGCUGCCAGAAAAGGAUCUCUUCAAGGCAAAUGAAUACCUCCUCGUCAAUGUAACAGAUGGCAAAACCGGCGCUUUAGGCCCAGGCCCCGGAUUUACACCAGUUGUGGAUGGUAAAUAUAUCACAGAUCUGCUUCAUACCACCCUGAGAAGAGGAAGACAUAACCAAAGAGUGUCAAAACUUGCCGUUAGCAACAUGGCCCUCGAAGGCUUAGGACAGGCGCCACCGGACCAUAUGCCAGAGCUGUUCCCUUACCUAGUUCGUGGAACGAUACCCCACGCCUCUGACGAAACUGUCCAGAAGAUACAGUCGCUCUAUUCGUACCCUCCAGACCUUCCGGCCAAACUUGGGUGGGACUGGGUAACAGACAUAUCAUAUGCCUGCAACGCCUAUUAUACCGCCAAGGCAUAUGCUCAAAAGGCUCAGAGAUAUGUCAUGUCAGUUCCACCAGCAACUCACGCGUUAGACCAAAGUUAUUACUUCUACCAAGAUAAUACAACCACUCCAGUUACCAGUGUUAGGCUUGCGAGAGAAUUCCAGGAACAUGUGCGGCGAUUCAUCACUGAUGGAAAGAAUAAGAAGAAAUUCCCUAGCCUCGAAGAUUUCCCUACCUAUGGCCAUAGCGAGACCAUUUUCAAUAUAACCCUUGACGGGUGGAAGAAAGAAAGGGACUAUUGGGAGACCAACCGCCGAUGUCAGAUUUUGCAGGAGAUCAUUGCUGACCCAAAGAAUGGUGCUUAA